CUCAUGACCCAUCGUGCUAUUCAAAUACAGAAUGCCCGCCACCAAUACUGGCGUUUUCAAGGUUGUGCCAGCGAGAAGAGGAUAGUACGUAAAGAUGGUGGAUUCGACAAGCUUGUUUAUUGAGACGAAUACUGAUUGUAAUGCUGUAGGAUCAGCGACAUGGGAUUUUGCUGGACAUCAUGUAGUUUUUUCCAUAUACGGCCCAGAUGAAGCUAAGAUCCAUGACGAACUUACUCAUCGUGCAUAUGUUGACGUCACAGUUACGCCUCGUACUGGACAACGAACAUCAAAGGAAUCAGAGCUUGAAGUUUACCUUAACAAUCUUUUGGAACGUCUGAUUGAUGUGAAGGAGUUCCCACGAUCUAAGUUUACUGGACGUUUGUUUAUUGUCACUGGUGGCACUAAUCAUCCUAGAACAGUGGCUGCAGCCAUAAACGCAAUCUCAUUAGCUCUUCUUUUGUCUGGUUUACCACUACGGGCAACAAUUGCAUCAGUAUGUCAUACAAUCCAAAAUGCUUUAAUCACAUUUGCAAUAGAUGUAACUCAUCCAAAGCUUUAUACUAAAAAGUAUGGUUCUAAUGAGCCUAGUAUAUUUGCUAUCUAUACUGGUCAAACACAUUCUGAAAUUGACAAAACUAAUGGGUUAUCUUUACAUAUCUCAAUUCAAAAUUUUCUUGAUAUGAUCAAAUUACCAGAAUCAAAUGACAAUAAUAUCAACAUCACAGAGAAUACAAAACAUGAAAGUAUUUAUGAACAAGCUUUAAGUUUACUUGAUGCAAUGGUAUCACAAAUUGUUUCUAAUGUACAUACAUAGUGAAUAUUACAUUCUCUAUGAAUCAACUAUACAAUGUAUUUGUAAAUAUAAUUUCUACUGUAAC